AAAACUCGUAAACACGUAGAAAAUCCUUUUAACUGAGUUUAUAAAAAAAAAUCAUGAUUUCUAAUAAAUACCACGAAAAAUAAAGUAAUUAUCAUUACUGUAUUGUACGAGAAUAUAAAAACACAUCCUUGAAGACUCCAGGAAAGUUGUGGAUUAAAGUGCCGAAAGAAAUUAACCUACGCAACUUUAUUACACUUAUUCAUAUGUUGUAUCAGUUUUAUGUUUAUUACUACAUUGUAAUACUAAAUGCACUGUACUUACAUAGAUGCCUUGUCCUUUCUCUGCUCUGCAGAGCAGAAAUCGGGGUUUAGUGCAACAAAUUCACCAACCAUCAAUGCGUCAAUUCUUGGCAGAUUUGUGCUUUCUGCUUUCACAAAGCCGGCAUCCUUAAUUAGUUUUGUCAAAAAAAAACUAAGUUUACUGUUUUUUUCUUUCCUAAAGUUAAAAGUGUUUUAAGAUAAAUUUAGUCAGACAAAAGAAUCCACCUACAGUAACACGCGAAUGACAUUUAGUUGUUUACCACAAGAGACGUCAAAAUCAUGGCGGAUGUGGCGAACAGCGUUUUUAGAGUUUAAAAAAUAUAGACUAAAACAUAUUUUUUAAAAUUAAAUUUCUACAGCAAUCUUCUGUUUUUAUUAAGUGAAAUCGAUAUAUUAAGGUUCCUUAGACUAAAUACUUUAAGAAAUAAACAUUUAUUUAAUACAAUUCGACAUGAGUAAACUAGCCUAUUGUCAGGUUCAUCGGUAAUCCGUAAAAAUAGUGUACUUUUUGUGCUCGAACCAUUCAAAAUACAAAGUUGUUUUAAUAAAAGCAUGCCUAGUGGGUUAUAAGGCCCACAUUCCAUUUACACAUGGGAUCGGAAAAUACGAAUCGGCUUUAAACAGAUCAAGUCAGUAAGUACCGAUCGAUCACUAUUUGUAGGUCGAUCCUUGUAAAUGAUGCGAACGUAGAGUUCAAAGUUUUUGGAUUGUUGCGACAAACAUUCGACAUACAUACAUACUCGUAUUUUGUAAGAAGAAGACACCAUCCAUAGUAAUUCAUUUAAAUACUAAUAAUAUAAUAUUAUAAAUACAAAAAUGCGUCUGUUAUCUCUUCACGCUUAAACCGCUGACCCGAUUAAAAUGAAAUUUGGUAAAGGUAUAGUAAAAUUUUAUUAAUAUAAAUAAAAUAUACCUAUAAUUAUUUCAUGUCACUCAUUUUUUUGUCGCACUAUCCACAAAUGGAAUGCUUUACCCGUUCACAUGUCCCUCCCUCAUGCAACUCAGGAUCCUUUAAGGGGCGUGAAGAAGCACAGUGCCGGCCAGCAAGGCGAGGAUAGCUGAUUUGCUGCUGGUGCUGGUGUGUGUGGCAGUUAAACAGCUGCUAUCUACAGCUAUCUUCGCAUCUGCACUCUAUCGUCACUUAACAACAGAUCGACAAAAUGCAGAGGUACGCAACAAUCGCACAUUCCGGCUCCAUAUUCGUGACGCGACGGCCGCGGACAUGAGACGCGCUAAGUGACGAACAAAGGGUCUGGUCACCGUGACGUAAUCCACAUUCACAAUGCUUGCGGACGACGACAUCCGACCCACUAACUACUCUCAACCAUUCGACGAGACAAGUUUCUUCUCUUUACUCAAGCACAGAGGCCACAACCAGAGCGCCAGCUUCGGAGAAGUAUUAAAAGCCCUAGAAAACUGGAGGACAGAAUACAACAACAUUACGGCACACAACGAAUGCGAUAAGUACUGCUCCGGCGGAUUCCGGGAGCUAAUUCUGGCUUACAACAACAUCCACGGCUAUGUCAGCCUUGUGGUGUGUCUCUUCGGUAGUUUAGCGAAUGCGUUGAACGUAGCCGUGCUGACUCGGCGAGACUUGGCGUCAGUGCCCAUCAACCGAUUACUGAAAUGGCUGGCCGUCGCUGACGUUUUCGUUAUGAUGGAAUACGUGCCAUUCUCCAUUUACAGAUACCUGCUGCUACCAGGCCAGCAGGAGUGGCUGCACUCCUGGGCGGUGUACACGCUCUUCCACAUGCACUUCACGCAGAUUCUCCACACAGCUUCCAUACUGCUCACUCUGUCUCUCGCUGUAUGGCGGUAUUUGGCUAUCAAGUAUCCAUCGCACAGCGCGUCUUUAUGUACCGACCGGCGUUGCUCGGCCGCCAUAUUGGCAAGCUUUAUGCUCUCACCAGUAUUAUGCAUACCUUCUUAUUUCGUUUUCACAAUCCACAAAGUGUUCACCGUCGACAAAGACCUGAACAACACGACACCAGUGAAAGUCUACUACGUGGACUCGGAUCACAACGGUACAUUGUACCAAGUCAAUUUCUGGGUGCACGCUGUUCUUAUAAAACUGUUGCCUUGCGUUAUAUUGACACUGAUAAGCGCUUGGUUGAUACAAGCGCUGUACCGUGCGAAUAAUAGGAAAAAGGCUUUGAAGGGUUACAGCGCCUGUCAGACCACGACCGUGGUGAAUGGUGGUAGGAACAUUUUCACGAGGAAAUCAACAAAGAGGUCUAAAGCGGAGAGGCGCACGGAUCGGACGACGAAGAUGCUGGUUGCUGUUCUGCUGCUGUUCUUGAUGACGGAGUUCCCUCAAGGAAUAUUAGGUCUUCUUAGUGGGAUUCUGGGACGUUGCUUCUUCAAGUUAUGCUACAACCUCUUUGGGGAGCUGAUGGACGUCCUGGCCCUUCUCAAUGGGGCUAUCAACUUCGUACUAUAUUGCUCCAUGUCAAGGCAAUUCCGGACCACUUUCGGGCUCAUGAUAAGGAACAAAUGUGCAACUGCACAGAGGGCCAGCUCUCACACUGAGUUGCAAACGACUUAUGUUUAAGUGGGACUUAUCUGUGGAACUUAUCUGUGGAACUUGUGAUUUUUUACAGUGUUAUUGUGUACGUAGGGAAAGCCCGUGCCCUAACUGUGGGGACAUUUUAACAGGCUUACGUUAAUGACGUGUGAUACAAGUAAGUGCCGAUGUAAAUAAAUUGAUAUCGCAAUUGCAAGGACCAGUUGGAAUAAAAUUCACUUUGACGUGAGCUGCGCUCAUAUAAUAUAGUGUUCAUUAUAAUAAAGCAGUGCUCUAAAAAACUAUAAUCGGAGGUGAAUUGUUUGUUAGUAUUAGAAAUGACACAAUGUUUUUUUAAUUGUUAUUUAAGACGUCAUGUAUUUAUAACACCAACUGAAUAUUAUGAUUGUGUUUAACAUACUUAAUAUUUACUGUUAUUAUGAUGGAAACGAUUUAAUAAAAGUGUUGUUUAAUUUCUGUUGUGUGAUACCAU